AUGGUGAUUUUCGGGGACUGGGUCCUGGUCUGGUCCACCACUGACCACGAUGGAUACCAAGUGCUGCUUCCAAAAGUCACCAGCUCCCACGUCGAGUUCAGACUCCGCAAUGAUAAAAAGACGAUCCUUCCUCCUCCACAACACCAGCCGUGUGUCACCUACAUCAUCAACAUGACGAUGCCCACUGACUCGCUGGACAGCACCAUGACCACCUUUCCUGGUUCUUACAAUGGGACAGGGGCAGUGAAUUUCUUCGAGACCUGCCCUGACUGUCUGUCGAUGGUCUUCAAGGACAUCAACGGACGAUACCUGCUCAACUACAGGAGGGAGGGGCAUCACCAGGAUGUUGAGAAGUUGAAAGCAGACCACAGCGAUCACCACAAACUGGCCGCCUAUUUCUGUCAUAAGAAAUCAUCCCCGGAGGUGAAGCCAGAAGCGUCCUGA